AUGGGUAAGAUGGUACGUACGCAAGAGCUGAUUUGGUACGUUAGCGAGCGUCUGGACACAGCGGAUAGUGCGGGCAUCGAAGAAUUUAUCAGAGCGCUGCACGACUGCCUCGGAAUCACACAGACCGUAUUGAGUAAUCGUACCGAUUGGCGUUUCAUACAAACGGAGAAUAGGAAAAAUUCGCUGAGUGUCAUCUUUUGUACAGCACCGGAUGAUCCCAUUAUCUAUGUGUACGAUCGUACACAACUGGGACGACAUUUCUAUUUCGGUUGGUUGAUUUAUAUGAACACCGUGUCGGAUUUUGUUGUAGUGGAUCAGCUGCUGAGCGCUUUGAGUGAGCAUAGCUUUCAUAAUACCAUGUUGUACUACUACAGCACAAACGAAACGAAUGAGGUAUUCGCCUCUACUCUGUUCCCGGAGUAUCACCACGUGAAUCGGUCCGAUUUUUUGGUGUAUCUAGCAACGAUGUUCGGCAAACUAGUAGCUGGUGGCAUGGACUUGCAAGGCUAUAAAUUUUAUACACCACUACAGCAGGAUUUGCCGCACGUCUUCAGUUAUAUGCCACGAGAUUCACCAAUCAGCUGGCGUGGCUCUGCUUAUAAUCUCUUGAAGUUGUUUCUGAAUUAUGGUAAUGCGACGUUGGCGCGCUACGAAAUGCCGAAAGAUCGUUUAGGUGGUGAUGUGAUCGAUAUGAAGGCGGCACUUGAGCUGAUACGGCGCAAGAAGAUCGCUGUUAUGGCACACGCUUACGCGCUGUUUAAGGAAGAUGACGAGCAGAGUAAGAGCUAUCCGCUGAUGGUGGUGCGUUGGUGUCUUAUGGUGCCGAUAUGGAAUAGUGUCACGACUAUGUUUUAUCCCUUGAAGCCAUUCGAUGAUUUCAUUUGGUUCUGUAUGCUCUGCGUCUUUGUCGCUUUAGUGUUUAUCCGUUGUCUCUGGUGUUGUUGGCAGGGCACACACCAACUGGCGGCACGUUUGAGUGACAACAUUUUACAGAGCUUCUGUCUGAGUAUUGGCAUGGCUACAUCGCACUUUCUGGGUGCGCCAAGUGUCUUUGAUUUCCUCAUAUUCACCACAAUUUUCUUCUACGGCUUUUUCCUCACCGCCAACUAUACGUCGCUAUUGGGCAGCAUCUUCACGGUCACACUCUUUCACGCACAAAUCAACACUAUGCAGGAUCUUAUCGAGACGAAUAUUUCGGUAAUGAUUAUCGAUUAUGAAUUGGAGUUUCUACGCUCCACUGGAGAUGAUUUACCUGUGAAUUUCACACGACUUAUUUUGCCAGUGGACGCCGCCACCUUUACGCAACAUCAAGUGCAAUUCAACUCGUCUUUUGCCUACUUCGUCACGGAGGAGAAGUGGCGCUUUCUCGACUUACAGCAGAAAUAUCUCAAACAGCGACUCUUCAAAUUUACCGACAUAUGCUUCGGCUCCUAUCACUUAGCCUAUCCAUUGCAGCCGGAUUCUUUCCUUUAUCGUAAUCUGGAAUAUUAUAUUUAUCGCAUGCACUCAUCGGGCAUGUUGAGUCACUACGAGAGCACAGCUUUUGAUUAUGCUGUAAGUGCGGGGCUUAUGAAGCGCUUGGCCGACAGCUCGGAGUACACUUCGGCUGGCAUGCAACAUCUGUUCGUUGUAUUUCUCAUGUUGCUCGUUAUGUGCGGUCUUGGUGUUGUCGUUUUUAUGGGAGAGCUAAUGAAAUAUAAAUCGAGUAGGCAUCGCACUGUCAGCGCUCGGAUGUAG